AUGGACCAAGCGACGUCCGCAUCCCCAGCGAUGACCUUCAGUGUCCUGGCAUCCUCUGCUCCAGUCCUUGCGCCCAGAGUAGGCAGAUUGGCUAUUCCAGGCCGCAAAACCCUCGCGACGCCGCACCAUGUCCCGCUCACUUCGCGGGGCACAGUGCCACAUGUUGCACACGAUGUGAUGCGCGACCACACUGAGAUCAGCAGCUUGUAUGCUGGAUUAGAAGAUUUCAUCGCGAAUAAGGACGCCCCCGUAUACAAGACACCCGCCGCAGAUCACGAGUCGCCAUUGAAGAAAUUCAUAUGUGUGGCCGAGGAUAUGCCUUUGAUCCUUGGUCCACGGCGAUUCCCUCCGAUCCCAUGCCCGCCCGCGAACACAUCGACUUCCAUCGCGCUUCUGACAUCAGUCGGGUUCACCCAGUUAUCUGCGCAUGAGUACGUGACGGCAGUUCAAAAGCUGAGACCAGAUAUUGCAGUUGGAAUGGUGGACCUGGCUAAUAAGCAGCCUGGGUCCAAGAGGCGGGGAAGGAUGGUUGACCGGACCCAUGCCUGGACUCGCGAUGCGUUGGAGCAGCUCUAUGGGAAAUCUGUGGCAGAGAAAGACAAAUCAAAGAGCGCAUAUUUUGCACCAGUGUUGCCUCUCGAUAAUGCGCAGCAGUCACUCUAUCUGGAUGAUCUGGAGAGCGAGUUCCGGUGGGAUAUAUCUGGCCUAGCGCUAUACCAGUCUGCAUCAUUGGGAUUCGUCCCAGAAUCGUUGGCCGAUCUUCCUCGGUUGCUCUUCAGUGAGCCCGAGACUCCCCACACUAUUCUGCGUGAGGUAUCCCUUGGAGCAGAUCUUCUGACCACGCCUCUGCUAGGCGCAUCGUCAGAUAGUGGUAUCGCGAUGGAAUUCGUCUUCCCCGCUCCAGCUGCCCUGCAAGAGGACAAGUCCGAGCCUCGGCCUUUGGGAAUCGAUCUGUGGACUGAAGAUCACACUACUGAUGUGUCUCCACUGCGUGAGGGAUGUGAAUGCUAUACCUGCAAGAACUACCAUCGUGCUUAUGUCCACCAUCUGCUACUUGCCAAGGAGAUGACCGCUUGGGCGCUCCUUCAAGUCCAUAAUCUCCACGUUAUGGAUAAUUUCUUCGCAGGAGUACGGGAAAGUAUCCAACGUGGAUCCUUCGAUGAGGAUGUUCAGACAUUUGCUCGUGUUUAUGCCUCUUCGAUGCCAGACAGUAGUGGAGCAGGUCCUAGAUUACGUGGAUAUCAACUCCCGGCAAACGGGCCUAACCAGCCCCGCCGCUUCCCCAAGGUAUAUGGCCAACUUGAGGAUGCUAUACAAAAAUUCACCGAGUCCCAGUCUGAAGUCGCUACCCCAGACACUGAUGCGAGCGGACUUGAGGAACAUGGAUUUGCUGAGAAGUUGUGA